AUGUGCGCGCUUCGCAUCCAAACUUCUCUGCCCCGCGGUCUGUUAGCGGUGCCAGGUACUACCAAAGGUUCACUUCAUCCAUUCAAAUCCCAUUCGCCAUACACGCGUUAUUCCUCACCCAAGAUGGCCGACGUAGAUAUGGAAGUUGAUGACGCCGUGCCGUCAUCCACGCGGAAUGAGUCCGAAAUGCAGACACAUACCAAAGCAACUGCAGUCCGAUCAAUCGAGGGCUGGAUUAUCAUCGUCACAAACGUCCACGAAGAGGCCGACGAAGAAGCCUUGCAAGACAAGUUUGGAGACUACGGAGAGAUUAAGAACUUGCAUCUCAAUCUCGAUAGACGUAGUGGCUACGUCAAGGGCUAUGCUCUGAUCGAAUAUGCGACACUGGAAGAAGCCCGAGCGGCGAUUGAUGGAGCACACGAUACAAAACUGUUAGACCAGACGAUCCAGGUGGACUUUGCCUUUGUCAGACCUCCUCCUGGUAAAGGCGCCAGGCAGGGUGGCGGCAGGCCUGGAGGCAGAAGAGGCCGCAGCCGAAGCAGGAGUCCGGACGCCAAGAGCAACGACGCAUGA